UAUAUCAUGAUAACAAUUGUUUGCAUAUGAUAAAAGUUCUAUCUGGACAGGCCACAGCCCUCAGAAUUCUAUUUGUAGUUUGUAGUUUAAGCUGUGUUUUGCAGCAGCUGUUGUUUUGCCAUCAGCAGACUGCAGAUAAAGAAGGCACGUGAGAGAAGAAUGGUGGCCUUUCAUACAGAGCCAUUUUAUGCCACUUUGCCCCGCAUUUUUCCCCGGAUGGAUAGCGGGUCCACGUCUCCUCCCUCCUCCGUGGUGGCCGGCCCCUCCAGCCUGUGGCGCCUGGCCGAGAGGCGAGCGCGCAAGGCGGGCUCUGGGAACAUCUUCAGCAACGUGAACGUUUGGCAGCUCCAGAGACUUUUCAGGGCAGCCGGUGACCAGGAUGCGGAGCAGAGGGCCCAGCUGGUUUGGGCACACAGGGAUGAGACUGAGCUGGCCCAGGCCUUGGUGGGACUCAGGACCCGGAGUCACCGCAGAGGCUUGAGGACUAACAGGAGGGACGUACUGGGCACACACUGGCUGCGGGCCUUCAAUCAUCUCAGGAUUGGAGAGGGCUUCCCAAGCAGUCAGGAGAAGUACUCUGGUGACGAGACGGAUUCAGAGGCUGCAGCUCACAGCAGCGAAGAUCCACAUCAGCACGCUACAACUGAGCUAACAGGAGGAACUACAGGGGCCUCAGUGGUACUAAAUGAGAGUCGAGGCCUCAGAAGGUCAUCCGAGAGACCGCCUCGAACUGGUUCAGGCCCUCGAAGCGGUGGCGAGAGCGACCCUGAGAGAUACCUCCACAGAAUACAACACUGACUAUAUGAAGAAAUCAAAGAAACUUAGAUCCAGAACAUGUUUGAUUAACUUAUAGUAGGUGCAAUGUGUACACUAAUAGGUGGCAUUAUAGCAGCACCACAGUUUGUCCUCGAUUUAUGAAAACUGAGCACAGUGAACUCGUUUGUGCAGUGGCGUAAGAAGAAUACGUCGUCAUGGGGCUAAAGAAGGCACAUUCAAACACUGUCGUACUUACUGUUUUUUAUUUGUUUUAGAUUUAUGGCCUACAACUGUGUUUUUUUUUAUACAAAAUAUUUACUCUAAUUAUGACUUGACUACGACAUUAGUGAUAGACUAUGGUGUGUUUCGACUUGUGGAACUCCGUCGUACGUCGAACAUCUCUUUUAAACAGCAUACAAAACAUUAAUAAAUGUAUUGUUGGGAUGGAAAGAACCCUUUUACAUGUACAACCCCAUUUCCAAUGAAGUUGGGACGUUGUGUUAAACAAAUAAAAACAAUACAAUGAUUUGCAAAUCAUGUUCAACCUAUAUUUAAUUGAAUACACUAGAAAGACAAGCUAUUUAAUGUUCAAACUGAUAAAUCAGAAUCUUUAUUUGAAAACUACUGUUUUUAGCAAAUAAUAAUUAACUUAUUUACUGGCUGCAACACGUUCAAGAGGCUGGGACAGGUGGCAAAAAAGACUGAGAAAGUUGAGGAAUGCUCAUCAAACAGCUGUUUGGAACAUCACACAGGUGAACAGGCUAAUUGGGAACAGGUGAGUACCAUGAUUGGGUAUAAAAGAUGCUUCCCUGAAUUGCUCAGUCAUUCACAAGCAAAGAUGGGGCAAGGUUCACCUCUUUGUGAACAAGUGCGUGAGAAAAUAGUCAAAACAGUUUAAGGACAAUGUUCCUCAACGUACAAUUGCAAUGAAUUUAGGGAUUUCAUCAUCUACGGUCCAUAGUAUCAUCAAAAGGUUCAGAGAAUUUGGAGAAAUCACUGGAUGUAAGCGGCAAGGCCGAAAACCAACAUUGAAUGCCCGUGACCUUCGAUCCCUCAGGCGGCACUGCAUCAAAAACCGACAUCAAUGUGUAAAGGAUAUCACCACAUGGGAACAGGAACACUUAAGAAAACCAAUGUCAGUAAAUACAGUUCAGCGCUACAUCCGUAAGUGCAACUUGAAACUCCACUAUGCAAAGCAAAAGCCAUUUAUCAACAACACCCUGAAACGCCGCCAGCUUCACUGGGUCCGAGCUCAUCUAAGAUAGACUGAUGCAAAGUGGAAAAGUGUUCUGUGGUCCGACGAGUCCACAUUUCAAAUUGUUUUUGGAAAUUGUGGACGUUGAGGAAAAGAACCAUCUGGACUGUUAUGGACGCAAAGUUCAAAAGCCAGCAUCUGUGAUGGUAUGGGGCUGUGUUGUGCCAAUAGCAUCUGUGAAUGCACCAUUAAUGUUUUGAAGAAACCUAUGCUGCCAUCCAAGCAACGUCUUUUUCAUGGACGCCCCUGCUUAUUUCCGCAAGACAAUGCCAAACCACAUUCUGCAUGUGUUACAACAGCAUAGCUUCGUAGUAAAAGAGUGCCGGUUCUAGACUGGCCUGCCUGCAGUCCAGACCUGUCUCCCAUUGAAAAUGUGUGGCGCAUUAUGAAGCGUAAAAUACAACAACGGAGACUCCGGACUGUUGAACAUCUCAAGCUGAAGCUGUACAUCAAGCAAGAAUGGGAAAGAAUUCCACCGACAAAGCUUCAACAAUUAGUGUCCUCAUUUCCCAAACGUUUAUUGAAUGUUGUUAAAAGAAAAGGUGAUGUAACACAGUGGUAAACAUGACCCUGUCCCAGCUUUUUUGGAUCGUGUUGCAGCCAUAAAAUUCUAAGUUAAUGAUUAUUUGCUAAAAAGAAUAAAGUUUAUCAGUUUGAACAUUAAAUAUCUUGUCUUUGUAGUGUAUUCAAUGAAAUAUAGGUUGAACGUGAUUUGCAAAUCAUUGUAUUCUGUUUUUAUUUAUGUUUACCACAACGUCCCAACUUCAUUUGAAUCGGGGUUUUAUGUCACCAACCUUAUCAAAUACUAAGUGUAAUGUUUAAGCCUUUCAUAAUAAAGUGUUUGUAUUUAC